ACGUGGGCGGUCCGGCGGACGCAGUGACCCGUGGGUCGGAGCAGCUGCGGGCGCUGGUGGAUGCGGGCCGGGACAACUUCCUGUGGGAGCGACUGGCGACGUUGGCGGCACCGGGAGCAUCUCCAGAGGCCCUGGCAGCCGCCCGCAAGGACGCCCUCUCCCGCCUGCCCAACGGCGGCUCCAAGUCCCCCGCAGCCGACCUCAUCACCCGCAUCAGCGCCGCCGCACAGCCCACCCUGCUCGCGCCCAGCCACAUCAUGGGCCUGCUGGCGGCUCUCGACUCAACCUCCGCCGCCGCCCACUUCGACGGCGCCGUCGCUGCGGCGGCAAAUCUGGCGGUGGCGGCGGCCAAGUCGGCUCCCUCGCUGUGCUGCUCUGCCAUGCCCCUGGUGGUGUCAAUGGUUACGGCGAACCCGCCGCGAGGGGAGCUGGCGUGUACGACGGCGGUACGGGUGUUGCGGCAUGCGGCUCGGUACUGCCCCCUGGUGCCGGGUGCUGCUGCUGGUGCUGCGGAGAAGGCGGUGGGUGCUGGAGAGGGAGGUGGAAGGAGGAGGGCGGCUGGACAGGAAGACGCGGAAGAGCGGGAAGAGGAGGAAGGAGGAGGGGAGGAAGAGGAGGAAGGAGGAGAAGAGGAGGAGGAGGGGUCACCAGCGGCUAAGAUGAAGAAGCCAACCGGAAAGACUGCAGCUGCCUCCAGACACAAGCAGCAGCAGCACCAACCCAAAUCGCAGCGUGAUCGUCAGGCCGCAACCGCCGCCGAGACACGUACCGCGGUGCUUCGUGCGCUGACGGCGCUUUGCCAGGGACCGUACGGCAAAGCCGCCAAGGCUGCCGUACAUGCACUUUGGGCGGUGGCGGGGGCGCAGGAGGGCGAGGGGCUGGUACGGCGGGUUGCGGAAAGGCUGGCAGCGGGUCUACGGCAGGGGUGCGAGGAGGAGGAGGCGACGCCGGCGGUGGUGCAGGCGAUGGGAAGCGUGGGAGAGGUGGCGCCGCUGGUAUUUGCAGAGCACGCGGAGUCCUUCGCCGCCUUCAUCUGCGAGCACUACAUGACCGCAGCCCUGCGCCACCGCCCCCCGUCCUCCCAGUACCUCGCCUCGCCCAACCUCCUCUCGCCCCCCACCUCUGAAACCGACGUGGACGGCAGCCCCGGCGGCCCGCCCCGUCCCUCCGCCGGCAUCCUCCUCAAAUGCGCAGCCCUGCGCGCCGUCUGCCGCGGCUGCACCCCCGACGCCGAGGCUCCCGCGGCGUUGGCCGUUGCCGUACCAACCGCAACCGUUGACGUCGUGUCGGGGCCUGUAGAGGAUCUGCUUGUACGGCUGUUGUCCAUUGAGGAAGACCUUGAUGAAUACAUCAUUGGCGGCGGCGGCGGCGAUGGUGGUGGAAAUGGCGGUGGAAACGGUGGCGGUGGUGUCCGUGUUGAGACGGAUAGGGCCCACCUGCGGCAGGCUGCUGCUGCGGGGCUGCUGCGGCUGGCUACCCGGCAUGACUCCAGGCUGGCGCCCGGGACGUACGUGUCGCUGGCGCUGGUGAUGCAGGACCCGGUGAUGGAAGUGCGGAGGGCGUUUGGGGAGGAGGUGCGGCUGUUCCUGCACUCCUCGCUGCAGCUCGGCCGGCGGGCGCACGUGACCGCCAAGUUCGCCGCGCUGCUGCCGCUUGCGGCCAUGGACCCCAUCCCGCACCACCGCGACGCCGCCGCGCGCACCCUACUCGAGGUGGUGCUGUUGCAGCGAGCCAGGGCGCAGCAGCAGGCGACAGCAGCGGCAGCAGGCGACGGCGGCGGCGGCACCAGUGGUGGAGCAGGUGCAGCAGCAGGUGGAGGUGCAACAGCAGCAGGUGGAGGUGGUCGGCCCUCCCUGGCUGACCACCCGGAGUUCCUGCUGCCCUUCCUGGUGUAUGUGCUGGGGCACCAUCCGGACUGCCCGCCGGUCCCCGCCACCGGCUGGCCCCGCAGCAAAGACUCCCAAGCUGCCCAAGCCCAGGCUGACGAGGAGCAGGAGCAGGAGCUGCCUGACCCGGAGGAGUUCCGCCCCUUCCAGGACAUGCUGCAGUUCGCCCUGGAGCCGCUGCUUACAGCCUCAAGAAGCAGCAGCGGUGGAGGUGGUGGAGGAGGUG